UUCACCCAUCUAUUGCGCCUCUUCAUCUUCCCUCAGGCCUUCACGAAUAACACAAACCAGAGGAGAAUCCAAAAUUGCUCAUUCACCUUCCACUCUUCUCGCCUCCGAACCCUCCAUGUACCAAUAAAGAAAUCGAUUCAGCGAUUUCCGAUCAUGACGACUCCUUCAAAAGAUCAACAUUUAUCUCGAUUCAAAGCUUCAGAGACUGAGAAUUCCAAUCCGAAUCUAUCGAGCAGAAGUCCUCUGCAGACAAAAUCAAAGUCUCCGGUUGUCAAAUCGACCAAAUCGAAGAAAUCUGCGCCAAAACUUUCUUAUCAGAUCGUUUCUCCCCGUACCAAGAUUCAAGAAAGGAAAUUUGUAGUAGCCAAGAAGAACUCGAAGACAUCCAAUUCUACUGUCGUCUCCUGCAAAUGCAAAGAGAAGAUGGAAGGUAAUCACAUGAAAUGCCCUUGGAUUGCUUACGAGAAUCUCAGAGCGUCUCAAGAAGAGUUCUGGAAUAGAAGCAGCAUGGAACAGGAUAUUGACUUAGAUGAGUCGCAGACGAUCGCUGAAGUUGAACAGGAGCAGAAGACUGUUGAAAACUUCGAAACUGCUGCGAGUUCACAGGAGAAAGACAUGGAAGGUAAUGAAUCUUCACCGAAUGGAUCAAUUAACUACGAUCAGAAGGAGUUUUCAAAUGAAAUGGGUGGUUCGAAGAUCAAGAGGAGGAGGGAGAGGUUGUUAGAAGCAGCCCGAAACAGUAUCCCUGAACCGGGUUUUGGAAGAGUUAUGCACUUGGUCAAAGCAUUUGAGAAGUUUCAUUCAAUUCCAAGUUAUAAGGACUCAAAGGAGAACGAAGAUGCAGAGAACGAAAGUAUUAAGAAGCCAACGAAGUGGGCAUUACCAGGAUUGCAACCUAAGGCCCCAGAAACAGAUGCAUCUCCAUCUUCUUUUAGUCCAUCAGAGCUGUUCUGCCCAGCAGAGAAUUUCAGUUCGGAGUCUAGGGUUUCUUCUUCGUGCGACAGCAGCCAAGGAAGCUUUACUUUCACAAGCAGGAUAUCUGGGGAAGGGGAAGGUCGAAGGAUCAGGACCAGGAGAAAUAGCUCUGAAUCCUUGGCGCCAUUUGGUAGAAAAAAGUGGAAGAAGAAACAGCCCAAAGUGACCAGUCAGCAACCAUUUAAACUAAGAACAGAGCAACGAGGGAGGUUUAAAGAGGAAGAGUUUCUCAAGAAGAUGCAGGAGAUGAUUAUAGACGAUGAGAGACAGCGGAUACCAAUUGCACAAGGCCUGCCAUGGACAACAGAUGAACCAGAGUGCUUGGUGAGGCCUCCAGUAAAAGAAAGCACAAGACCGAUUGACUUGAAGCUACAUAGUGAUCUUAGGGCAGUGGAGCGUGCUGAAUUCGAUCUUCACGUUGCUGAGAAACUGAGCUUUAUUGAGCAGUAUAGACUAGAACGAGAAAAACAGCAGAAGUUGGAAGAAGAAGAAGAGAUUAGGAGGCUGAGAAGAGAGCUCGUCCCGAAAGCUCAACCCAUGCCCUACUUUGAUAGGCCUUUCAUACCCAAAAGGUCAGAGAAACACCCAACCAUUCCUAGAGAGCCAAAGUUCCAAAUUCCUCAGCACAAGAAAAUCAAAUGCAUGUCAUGGAAUGACAUCAACAUCUAUACACACCAACUCUGAGAGCUACAAGAGAAAGGAUGAUGAAUGGCGAAUAAUAAAAGAGACCUUCAUGUUCAGCUUUUCCUUGUCACUCUUCGGAAAGAACAAAGAUUUUUGCAUUUCCUUGUCCAUUUGUAAGCAAUGAAAAUAAUUUCAUUUGUUGAAACUAAUAGUAGUAUUGUAACGGGAAGCUAGUGUUGCUUUACAC